AUGUCUCUUCUCCAGGCACUAAUGAGAUGCAGCAUUACUGCCUUGUUCCUGGGUCUCUGCCUACAACUAAUCACGGGUCAAGAUGAAGAUUCUGAUAACCGGAGACCACUUAUUGUGCAGAUAUCUCCAAUACCAAGUGCUAAAGCAAAAGAAAUGAGUGAAAUCCGGUGUAAUGUUUCAACUGAACUGAGAGAAUGCGUGGCGGUAAAGCUCUCUGUUGAGACCAACCAAGACACUCAUUGUUCCCAGUUUUACGACUACGAAGCCUGUAUAUGCCCAGGGGACCGUGCAAGGAAUUUCUACUGGAACAUAUGCAGCACACAAAAUGUCUAUGUAGGCUGCGCGGCUGAAAUUACUUCGUCACAGGAAAUCUGUACUAAAAACAUCAGUGUUGUGCCUACACGUGGAUUCCGAAUUUACAGCAUUGGAAGAUGUUGA